AUGAGAAACACUUUUACCGAAAUCUGCAAGAAUGAAGAAAAUUAUAAAAAAAUUAAGAAGAGGCGGGAAGGGCGCGUUCGCCCGGUACCGGAUAAAUCGGGCGACUCUGAAUCAAGAGACGACGAUAAAAGCAGAAUCUUUGAGUCGUCGAGUUCAAUCAAAACCCAAUCCCUCCGACUCACGAAAAACCGCGAGCUUUACUGUACUCUUCAAGCAGUUUUGCUUGCCAGUUCAGUUCUGGUGUUGAGUUACAGCGGCGUUCUUUAUGGAAAAUCAGAGUACAGAUUACUCGAGAAUGGACCGAUCGUUAGCGAUUUCGUGUCGCCAAGUCGCACCGUCGUUACCUUAAAUCUCGGAUAUUCGGCGCCUUACGCCCUCGUCUCUUCGAUUGCCGCCAGCAUGUUGGUUUACUCCCUUGUAACGAGGGACGCGCAAUGGAGUUUUCCCUCGAUGGUUUUAUGCAUGGCCGACAUCGUCUGUGACGUAGGUGACGCAGCGGUGGCUAUCUGGUUGUUUUUUGGAAAUCUGAAAAUCACGACAGCUAUAAUUUACACCGUUGGAACAGUCGUUAUAAUUCGUACGUCGAUUGAUAAAUUUUACAGCGGUAAAUAUAAUUUUUAAAAGUAAU